UUCUCAACCAGAAUUGGUCUUUCCAAAGCUUCGGAUGAGUUAGCUGUGAAGUUGCGGCAGUUCCAUCUCACACUAGCCGGGGAAAAAAACAAUGACCGCCGGAAAACAAAAAUCCGACAAAAACCCAACAAAUGUAUCCAGCAAACUUGGUCUGAAAGACCCAUUACUGCGUCGUCUCUCUUCCGCCGCCGCCGUGACCCAUUCCUUUCUCCAAGCCAACGAUCUCUUCCUCUCGCCAUCACAGUCUCUCCGACUCGAAUCCCUAAUCUCAUCUCUCCCAAUCUCACCUUCCCCUUCCCCCUCCCCCGCCGUCACCACCGCCACGUGGUUCAACCGCUUCUUAACCUCCGCCACAGAAGACGAGGAUGAUCCUCGCUGGUGCCUUUGUUUCCGAAUGUCAAAGUCCACCUUCUUCAGUCUCUACUCCAUCUUAACCCCUGCUUCGCUUCCUUCCUUCGCUGCCACAAUCUUCCGUCUCGCUCACGGUGCUUCUUACGAGUCUCUCGUUCACAGAUUCGGGUUUGAUUCCACUUCCCAAGCUUCACGCUCUUUCUUCACUGUCUGUAAACUCAUCAAUGAGAAAUUAAGUCAACAGCUUGAUGAUCCAAAACCCGAUUUUUCACCUAAUCUGCUCCCCAAUUGCUGCGGUGUUCUCGGAUUCGGGAGAUUUGAGGUUAAAGGGAAGCUUCUUGGUGCAAAAGGGUCGAUUUUGGUUCAAGCAUUGGUCGAUUCCAAUGGCAGAUUCGUCGAUAUCUCAGCUGGUUGGCCAAGUACGAUGAAACUAGAAGCCAUUUUCAGACAGACGAAGCUUUUCUCAAUUGCAGAGGAAGUCCUCAGUGGAGCUCCGACCAAACUUGGGAAUGGGGUAUUGGUUCCUCGUUACAUUUUGGGAGAUUCUUGUCUUCCUUUAUUGCCAUGGCUUGUGACACCGUAUGAUUUGACUUCGAACGAGGAGGAAGAGGAGAGUUUUAGAGAAGAAUUCAACAAUGUGGUACACACUGGAUUGCAUACUGUUGAGAUUGCAUUUGCUAAGGUUCGAGCUCGUUGGCAGAUUCUUGAUAAGAAAUGGAAACCAGAGACAAUCGAGUUUCUGCCGUUUGUCAUAACGACGUGUUGCUUGUUGCAUAAUUUUCUUGUGAAUUCUGGAGAUGAUGAUGAUGACUCACUAGAGGAAUGUGUGAAUGGCUGUGAAGCUGGUGAGAUGAGGAAAGAUGAAAAAGAUGAGGAGGAGAAGACUCGGAGGUUCGAAGGAGAAGCAUAUAUCGGGUCCAGGAGGAUCAGAGAUGCUAUCGCAGAGAACCUGAGCCGAGUGAGUUCACUAAGCUGAAACUGAAAAGUUGCAAGAAGCGGAUCUUUUUUGUUUGUUUUAGCCUCAUCUUGUAAAUUGUGGUAGAUUCUGCUGUUUCUUUUGUGUGUACAUCUCUUUCAAUAUGCAGUUUACGGCUUAGAAGGUGAACUAGAUAAUGUAAUGUUGAUGGAUUAUGCUUAUGGGUUCUUGGAAACCAUCUUCACACAAUAGGGAGUCUUAACUCUUA